CGGUCGUCGCGCCAAACCAUUUCGUCCUUCAUUUGUGGUCGAAUAAGGCGGCAUAAGUUCAUUUCGCAAUUCGGUCUUUAUUAACGGAAACAAAGUGCGUUCGUCGUUCCCCGAGUUUUGUUCAAAAAUCGACGCGUGUGGGGACGCCAUUACAUCUUUCGCUCGCACGUAACCUUUCGAGAUGGCAGACGGAAGGGACCAAUACGGUCGGGAGCGGAUGCGUGGUGCUAUAAAUCCGAACCAUCCACAACGUCCUCCGUUCGAUGUCCGUGGAGGCCAACCACCCCCCGUUCGCGUUGGAGUGCCGCACCAAGGGCCAGCAUACACGACACAAGAGAAAAGACCAUCUUGGACUCAGGGCCAAAGCGGUGGCAGCGGGCCGAGUGCCGGCCCAAGCAGCUCCGGACUGACAGCGCCAUCCGAAACACCGCGAAACCCCAACGCAGGACCUUCCACGAGCCGAGAGCAACAACCGGGAGUGAGUGGGUUGCAAGGACGCACGGCCGUUCGUAACCCGAUGCGGCGAUCCAUGGCGGAUACACUAAAAACGCGUUGCCCGUCUCACGAAUCAAAGCACGGCACCACAGGACAACCGUUGACUUUACAGUCGAACUAUUUUAAGCUGUUAAAACGCGUGGAUUGGACACUGUUCCAAUACACCCUCGAGUUCGUCCCGCCAUGUGGCAGCCCGCGAUUGAUGCAAUCGCUAGUGAAUGAACACAAAAAGAUUCUCGGUGGCUUCGUGUUCGACGGAGCAAAUCUCUUUACGGGUUGCAAACUGUCAAACGAUGAGAUGGUGCUCCACUCGGUGCAUGAUAGAACCGGCGACAGAUAUGAGCUUCAUAUCCAGCGAGUAAAUGCUGUGGACAUGGUGGGCGAGACCGGCAUUCAGGUGUUGAAUCUGAUUCUUCGCCGAGCAAUGAAUGGGCUCAACCUGCAGCUGGUUGGUCGCAAUCUGUACGAUGCAGCGGCUAAAAUUCCAAUUCGCGACUACCACAUCGAACUGUGGCCAGGCUACAUUACGAGCAUCCGGCAACACGAAGCGGACGUUCUAGUGUGCUGCGAGAUCGCUCAUAAGACGAUGCGCAUGGAAACGUGUUACGACAUUUUGCGCGAAUGCCAGCGCCACGAUCGCAACUUCAAGGAUGGGUUCCGAAAGGCGGUGCUCGGGUGUGUGGUGCUAACCGGUUACAACAACAAGACCUACACUAUUCACGACGUAACCUUCGAAACCACCCCCGAGAGCACGUUUGACACGAAAAAUGGGAAAAUCUCGUUCCUUGAGUAUUAUCGAAACAAGUACAACAUAAGAAUCCGCGAUGCCCACCAACCGAUGCUGUUGUCGCGGGCGAAGAAGAAGGAUGCACGUUCGGGAGACAGCGAGCUGAUGGCGCUCGUGCCCGAGCUUUGCCAAAUGACCGGGCUCACCGAUUCGAUGCGAUCGGAUUUCAAGAUGAUGCGGGCAAUGGCUGACCAUACACGUUUGAAUCCUGAUCGGCGCAUUGAACGCUUGGAGACAUUCAAUCGGCGUCUGCAAACGUCUACGGACAGCCAGGAUGUCUUCAAGAUGUGGAAGAUGCAGCUGGACAAGCGAUUGGUCGAGGUGACCGGACGAUUGCUUCCUCAGGAGAUGAUAUUUUUCUCCACCGUCUCAACUGGUGUUCAGGCAGGCGAAAACGCCGAUUGGACGUCACAUUUUCGUGAGAAUCCAAUGUUUGCCACUGUACGGCUGAGUCGCUGGUAUCUGGUGGUUCCGGGCCGCUGUCAGCGGGAGGCAAACGAUUUCCUCGGCUGUAUGAUUAAGGCCGCGCGCGGCAUGAAGUUCGAGAUCAGUAACUGCGAGAUAGUGCCGAUGCAAGAUGACAAUCCCAACACGUACGUUCGCACGCUAGACUCGAUCAUCAACAAAGACCCGCAGAUGAUCAUGUGCGUGGUUUCGAACAACAAGUCUGACCGCUACACGGCGAUAAAGAAGAAGUGUUGCGUCGACCGGGCCAUUCCGACGCAGGUGAUGGUGCAGAAGACGAUCACGCCGAAAACGGGCAACGUCCGGACGCUCAUGUCGGUCGCCACGAAGGUGGUCAUCCAGAUGAACUGCAAGCUGGGCGGUGUGCCGUGGAAGGUGAAGAUCCCGCUCAACGGCCUCAUGACGAUCGGCUUCGAUGUGUGCCAUGACUCGAAGGACAAAAGCAGAUCCUUCGGUGCGAUGGUGGCCACUCUCGAUCACGACAACCGCGGCACGCCAAAGUUCUUCUCCACGGUCAGUCACCACUCGAGCGGAGAAGAAAUCUCCACCUAUCUGCCGCUUAACACGAUCAAGGCCAUCAAUGAGUAUCGGCGCGAGUUUGGUGAGCUUCCGAAGCGUAUCAUCUUCUACCGUGACGGGGUCAGCGAAGGGCAGCUCCAGUACAUUAUGGAGCAUGAGGUGCGGUCGUUGGUGGAGAAACUCGGCCAGCUGUACAAAUCGGCGGGAAUAAAACAGGACGUCCUGCUGACAUUCUUUAUUGUCAACAAGCGCAUCAAUACGCGCUUUUUUGAUCACCGGCUCAACCCACGGCCGGGAACCGUGGUCGACGACGUAAUAACGCUUCCUCAACGGACCGAUUUCUACCUGGUGUCACAGUCGGUGAAGCAGGGCACGGUCUCGCCAACGGCUUACAACAUCGUCUACGAUUCGUCCAACCUGAAGAUUGACCACCUGCAGAUGCUGUCCUACAAGCAGUGCCACCUGUACUACAACUGGUCCGGCACAACGCGCGUCCCGGCCGUCUGUCAGUACGCGCACAAGCUUUCGUUCCUCGUCGGCCAGUAUCUGCACCAAUCGCCUAGCAAUCUGUUGGAGAAGAAACUUUACUUUUUGUAGAAAGCGACCAAAAAGUAACAGAAGCCCCGUACACUACCGAACGUUCCCUUCUCGUGGGCUGCCAUUUUUGUUUCUUCAUUUCGUAGGACAAUGGCAACAAUUUACUAUUUCAGAGAUUACAGCAGAACUUUAUCUCGAAGAACUUACGGACCGUUUCAGUUCAAUGAACCGAGCACGUUGAGACGGAUUCACUUUAGAUUUAGUUAUACCCAUCAGAGUAUAUUUUUGCAUUUUUUUUAAACUUUCAAAGAGAAUGAAUGAAAUCAAAUGAACUGCCUGAAGACGAUGAAUGGUGCAAUAAACC